UAUCAGCCAUAUCAUCUCAGGAACGAAACACUGCCUGGAGAGACUGUCGAACGUCCUCUCUUGCGCCAUCAAGAGCGUCCGGAUAUGAGUCAUAUCAUAAAUAGGCAUGACGAGAAUCCGCGGUGGCUCAGGGAGCCCUUCAGAGACAGCACGAUCUUCUCACGGGGGUGACCGUCCAUCUGGUCAUCGGGCUAAGCUGCCGCCCAAUGCGCCAGAAGUCAUUAUUCAGAACACCAUCCAUUUAACCGACAGCGAAUAUGUUCUGCCAUGGCAUAAAGAAGAGAGACGGAGGCAAUUCAACCUGUUGGUCCGCAGGUACAAGAACCAGCUACUAUACGGAUGUCAAGAUGCAAACUGCAUGACCCCUACGUGUCUUAGUUAUAGAAAAAGAGCGACGGAGGGCCCCUUUCGACGGUAUACCGAAUUAAGCGCACGCACGCUGGCCUGUUACUUGGCAAGCUUGGAUAAUGCGGAAAGUGGCCUUUGUCGUAACCCACCGCGUCUGCCAUCCGACUUCCCACCAGCGGAGAGUCCGCGUCGUUCAAAAAGGCGGAGUAACCCUCAACUAUCGACCGAUCAGGCCGCGACUGGACAUCCUGAUCUGAGUUGCAGUGAUUCGAAGGAUGUCGGGUAUGAGCCGCCACGAUCGCAUAUAGACAUCACCUCUACAGAGAAUCGCAACGUUGAGACAAAAGAGAGGGCAGAUGGAGAAGGCGGAGAGAUGGCAGCUCGUCCGUCAGAAGAACAGAGGCAACACCAAUAUGCGUCGGAGGGUGAUGGUUUAGGGGCGCAGAGGCUGAAGGAUCCAAAGUCUUUCACACAAAAUCUCUUCGACACAAUCUCAGUGCGAAUGGUCGAAUGGCUUCCGCUACGACGCUCUCCCAGCACCGUUGAAGUGGUCGAUCCGGUUGAUUCGGUGAGAACCACGCGGCAGCCACGCAACAGGGACCUAGGAAAAUCGGAAACGCCAAGUGGCAGAGGGAGUGCACGACAGCAUGGGAUUGAGCGUUCUGUUUCUGGUGAGCAAAAAAGUGUCUCUACAACUGGCAUGGCUAGGAAUGGUAUACAUCGCUCAUCGUCGCGGUCGACGAGCGCCCAACCAACUGCAGUCGAGGUGAAACUACCGGGACAACCGGUCAAGAGACUCUCGUUUAACGAUGUUGAACAUUGGCGUCAAACCGCGCGGUCAACUGCAGACGAUAAGAGUCGUCGUGAUCUACAAUCAAAGAAACUGUCGGUGAAUACUCCCUCCAGUACAAAGGAAACCAUUGGACUACCCUCUCCACCGGCGUUGCGGCAUCGUUCUCAGAAACAUAGGGGUGCGAAUCCGGAUGGCGCAAAUUCGAAUAUGGAGGGGAAGAAAAAGGCCAACAGACGUGUAUCAUGGGACGGUUCAAAACUGUUGAAAGACUCCCCCAGGCGCAGGGUCAGAGCGCGAGACCUCCACCUGGACGAUGACCUGGCUACGGCCUCUCGGGCAGGAGAGGAUCCCCAAGCUAAGGUGCGACGUAGCCCCGAGCAACGCGAUACCUUACUUUCGGUGCAGACGGUCGAUCAUCUCUCUAAGGAAAUCGUGCAGGGCCUCAGCCAGAUGAUUGUGAGUGACGAGGAUGACGCUGAGAGCUGGCAACUGGAAGUUAGUGCAAUGGAAGCAAGUGGCAAUUUAGACGAAGUCGAUUGGAAAUACGCCAAACCUGGCCAGCGCGAGGCUUUUUCGUUUGUUGCGCAAAGUGUCUUCUAUAAUUUGAGUAACCCGAAGCAAAUCCUCCGAUCCUUUCGGAAAAGAGAAGCGGAUUCUUUGAAGAAAGAAGAUGAGAUUUUGAAAACGCGCCUGGAUAUCGAGCAGCUUGAGCUCACGUUCCGCCAGCUAUUUCGCAUCUGUCCCUGGGAUAUUGCUCUUCAUAGUCUCUGGACUGCGCUGGAGAACGUCUUUGCGCCUCCGAAGGACCUUUCGACUCCUUCUAGGAGUCGGCGACAAUCGGAAAUUAGCUCCAGUUCAACAAAUAACGGCACCCCGCCAGUCAUCCCAGUCGGGUCACUGUCCUCGUCAAGUGAAGAUCAUAUGUCUGACGCUGAAGCUGCUUACGUAGUAAGUGUGGCGCUUUUUGCAUUGGUGAGCUCGCUUCCCGAACUGGAUCCGCAGACUUGGCGGGACAUAGUCCACAUGCGUGCUGCUGGGACUGUUCUGCCUGAUGCGGAGAUUCAGAGGCUCUCUCCAGCAAGUCGUGCCUUGUUGGUAAAUGUUACGGAUAGACUCGAGCAUGAACUUGCGCUCAGGCUCCUCAGUCGGCUAGUGCGUGCCCUCACGGCACGGCUGGCUUUCUACGAGAUCUCGAAGGCUCGCCAGACGUAUGGCCAUGAUUCUCCCAAGCUACGCAAGAACAGUGCCGUCGAUAUCAUGCUGGAGAUUUUACGAGAGCAUCAUACCGCGCUAGCCAGGACUGUGGGUAAGUCUGAUGCUAUUUCGCAUCCUGCCCCGUCUCUCAGCGCUGCCUCCGUCAUCGUUGAAUGGCUGCGAAUGCUCUUCCUCAAAGAAUGGGAUGGGAAGGCUGAAGUGUCCAAGUCCAGUGCUGCUGGCGGCGCCGUGCAGAUUCUGGCAUCCAUGUAUAAAGAUCGUGAGCGACUGGGCCUUCUUGCGGAUGACUUCCACACCGCGUUUCUAUCUGAACGACUGGACCCGAUGGAGAUGCCCGUGGAGUGGCUCGGUACUCAGGCGAACAAUAAGACCAUGCACAUUCUGUCGUACUCGUUCCUGUUCCCACCGCAAGCGCUGGUGAUCUAUUUCCGAGCUCUCAAUUAUGCCACAAUGUCCAAAUCUUACGAGGCAGCAAUGACCGCAACUCGACAUAUUACCCAGACCGCAUUCGGGCAAAUACCGAUCUAUGACGAUGUGGGCCUGUUGGCGAGACUGAGAACAUCUAUGUCCACUUAUCUUGUCCUCGUGGUUCGACGAGAUAAUGUUCUCACUGAUGCCCUGAACCAACUGUGGCGACGUGAAAAGCGCGAGCUCUUAAGACCACUAAAGGUCCAGAUGGGAAUGGACGAGGGAGAAGAAGGUGUGGAUCAUGGUGGUGUGCAACAGGAAUUCUUCAGGGUUGUUAUGGCGCAGGCGCUCGACCCAGCGUACGGUAUGUUCACCAUGGAUAAUCGGACGCGCAUCUCGUGGUUUCAGCCUUGCUCACUGGAGCCUCUGUACAAAUUCCAACUAUUGGGUCUUCUUAUGUCUCUUGCUAUCUACAAUGGUUUGACUCUCCCUGUCAACUUUCCAAUUGCUUUAUAUCGAAAACUGCUUGGGUUGAAAGUAAAGCGCCUUGAGCAUAUCAGAGACGGCUGGCCUGAGCUUUCCAAAGGAUUGGAAGAGCUUCUGAACUGGAAAGAUGGUGAUGUUGGCGAUAUCUUCAUGCGAACCUACGAGUUCAGCUUUGAUGCUUUUGGCACCGUGCACACGGUCGAUAUGGAAAAGAUCCAUCGUGACGCCUACUGGCCUAUACUUGAAACGAGAUCCAGCAAGGAGGAUGCUAGGGGUGGUCUUCCUGGUUCACGCUUGGAAAGGAGACGGUACAGCGGCAAUAAGCAUCCUCUCUCAACGACGUUGAAGGAUGAAGACCAAGAGAUGCGCUUUCCCCAUCAAUCGUUCCGAACGGGGGUUCUCAAAGGUGCCGAUUAUGAUAUGCCAUUGAAAAGCCCACUCCUGUCGCAACCUGAGGAGGCGCGCCUUGUGACGAAUGAGAACCGACAUCAGUUCGUCAAAGAUUAUGUUUUCUGGCUGACGGACAAGUCUAUUCGCCCGCAGUAUGAGGCUUUCGCGAGAGGGUUCUAUACUUGCCUGGAUCGCACUGCCCUAUCGAUCUUCACCCCCGAGGCUUUGAAGACAGUGGUCGAAGGAAUUCAGGAGAUCAAUCUGGAUCAACUAGAGCGUCAUGUACGAUAUGAUGGCGGUUUCACUGCGUCACAUCGAGUGAUCCGGGACUUCUGGCACGUCGUGAAACGUUUCUCUGCGGAAAAGAAGCGUAGGUUGUUGGAAUUUGUUACAGCGAGUGACCGCGUUCCAGUGAAUGGCAUCGCAAGCAUUAUGUUUGUGAUCCAGAAAAAUGGUGUCGGUGAUACUCGUCUUCCUACUAGCUUGACAUGUUUUGGAAGAUUAUUGCUUCCAGAAUAUUCCUCCAGGAGUGUCUUGCAGGAGAAGCUAGAAAAGGCCCUUGAGAAUGCUCGUGGGUUUGGUGUUGCAUAGAAACCACCUUUUUCUUUCCUUCUAGCAUUCAACUCAGGUUUUUGAGCGAUAUCAGUGGCGUUCUGGAUGGCUUAGGAGAGCCUAGGCAGAGAAAGGAAUCGGUAUUCAUUAUCCUUCUCAAUAAAGGGGGAAUCCUCUUAUCUAUAGAUAUCAUAGCGAUUGAUAGUAGUCCUGUUUUUAUUGAAGCCUAACACUCGCGGAGUUGGCGAACGAGGUUUCCUGGCUAGUUACCGCCGUCUAUAUUUGGCAUAUGUCUUAUAUCAAAAUGAGCUGUGUUGCACAUACAAAAAGCCCUUGUCAAAUAAAGUCGUCGGAUACAUUUUAUCGAGGGCCAACGAGGUCAUUUAGUUCUCUGCAUAUCGUGAAAUUCAUACCUUACAAUUUCUGACGCCUACGAUACAUAUUCGCUUCUUAUGCCCUCUCUAUGAAUAUGAUGGAUCCACCUCUGUACCU